AUGGCUCGCUUCAGCUUCCUGUCGUUGGCCUUGCUGUCCGUUCAGGCCUUGAUUGGUGGUGGUCUGGCUGCUGGCUCUGCUGAGAAGGCCGAGCAGUCUGCCGAUGCCCCUCAGCUGGCUCUGACCGCCAAAGCCUCCUUCCCUGCCUCGGAGAUCUUUGGCGUGAAGCUGGUCAAUGGACACCCUACUCAGGCCCUCAUCACCUUUACCAACGAUGAGCCGGCCCCUGUGACGGUGAACUUCCUCGGUGGCACUCUGUCCACUCUGGAUGAGGAGAACAGCCAGAUCGUCCGUAACCUGACCGCGACCCGCUAUGGCGUGGAGAUCCCCGCUGGCGAGACCGAGAGCCUGAGCUACAGCUUCACCAACGAGAUGCACCCCCAGGAUCUGAGACUGAGCCUCGCUUCUAUCGUUUCCGACAGUGAGGGUCGUUUCUUCACCGUCUACGCCUACAACGGAACUGUCAGCGUCGUGGAACCGGAGACCAGCAUUUUCGAUCCUCAGAUUAUCUUCCUGUACUUCUUCCUCCUCGCUUCCUUCAGUGGUGUCGUCUACUUCUUCUACGCCGUGUGGAUCGCCCCCUACUUCCCCCAGAAGCGCAAGGCCGGAAAGCCCGCCGAGAAGAAGGCCGCCGUCGCCAAGAAGCCCGAGGAGGAGACCCCCGCUGUCUCUUCGGCCACUACCUACAAUGCCGAAUGGAUCCCCGACCACCACAUCAACCGCCCUGGGGCCCGGAAGGUCAAGGGUCGCUCCCGCACCCGUGUCUAA